AUUCUCGACUUUCACAACACAAUCGAUGAUUACGAUAUUGAAAGACAGCUAAGUGGUAACGUUGGGAUGGACAUUCCCACUCGUUCGACUGUACAAUAUGAAUUCCGUGAACGAGCUACUAUUGCCAAAUUGCUGUCUCAGCCGCUGAACGGACACUUCGUGUGA